AUGGCUCCCGAGGAGCUCGUCACCUCGGAUGACUACGAGUACCCACCGGUGACCAGCGCGAUGGAGAACCAGUGGGUGUCCUCCAGGGGGGAGCUCUUCUUCACCACCAUCUUCAUCCCCAUCCUCUACUCUCUCAUCUUCCUCCUCGGCCUGGUGGGGAACCUCUUUGUCAUCGUGCUGAUGGCCAAGAAGAGCAGGGGCAAGAGGAUGGUGGACACGUUCGUGCUGAACCUGGCGGUGGCCGAUGUCGUGUUUGUCUGCACGUUGCCCUUCUGGGUGGCAGCGGGGGCGCAAGGGAACCGCUGGCUGCUCGGCGAAGGGCUCUGCAAGCUCAGCAGCUACGUCAUCGCCGUCAACCGCUGCUCCAGCAUCCUCUUCCUCACCGCCCUCAGUGUGGAGCGCUACCUGGUCAUCAGGAAGGUGCUGGACACCAAGGUGAUGGGUUCCCAGAGACACGUGCGCGUCACCUGCGGCGUCAUCUGGGCCGUGUCCCUCCUCCUGGGCGCCCCCACCCUGCUGUACCGGCGGCUGGACGGGCACGACUGCUGGGAUGAAGAUGGAGAGGACUUCAGCCUGGCCAUGGUCUUCCUCACCUUCCUCCUGCCCUUGGGCGUCAUCUCCUUCUGCUACUGCUCCAUCUACUGCCGGCUCCAGCGCCACGUCCGCCUGGGCAGGGGUGUCCGACGGUCCCACCGCGCCAUCGUCACCAUCGUCACCGCGUUCCUCUGCUCCUGGCUGCCCCUCAACGCCUGCAAGGUGCUGCUCUUCUUCCUCGCCAAGGGGAUGCUGGUCCUGUCUCAGGGCCAGGAGGUGGCCCUCAGGUGGCUGGUGGCCACCAGCACCUGCCUGGCAUUCGUCAACAGCUGCGUCAACCCUCUCAUCUAUGCCCUGAUGGACGGACACUGCCGGCCCCGAUGUCCCCUAGGUCCCCGUGCGCCGGGGACAGGUCCCAGAGCAGCCGCCCCCUCCUCCACCAGCGACUCCAGCCUCCUCUUCGGCGUCUGGACCCGCUCCCGGUGCAGGACCCGGCACCAGCCGGCACCGGGGGGCACCCCGCUGAGUCCCCCCGCCUCGUCCCCAGGUGCCACCGCUGUCCCCCCUGGUCCCCAGCUGUGACCCCGGUGCGAUUCCCCAGGGAUCUGCCCCCCGGGAUGCUCCGCGUGCGGGGCAGCUUUGGUAACAGGAACCCAGUUUGAAUCCCAAUUAAUACAAAUUCAGCCUUAUC